CCAUUGAAUUGUGAUUAGCAUAGUGGUAGCAAGACUAUGGCGUCUUCUUCGAACCCACCAUGCGCAGCGUGCAAGUUCUUGCGGAGAAAGUGCCAAGCGGAGUGUGUUUUCGCGCCCUACUUCCCUCCCGACCAGCCUCAGAAGUUUGUGAACGUUCACAGAAUCUUCGGAGCCAGCAACGUCUCCAAGCUCCUCAACGAGUUGCAUCCUCGUCAGCGCGAGGAUGCUGUCAACUCUCUGGCCUACGAAGCCGAGAUGCGCCUCCGAGAUCCUGUCCAAGGCUGUGUCGGAGUCAUCUCGCUUCUUCACCAGCAGCUUCGUCAGCUCCAAAUUGAUCUUCAAAAGGCCAAGUUUGAGCUGGCGAAGAUUCAAAACUUGGGAGUGACCACUAAAUAUGGUCACUCUACUGCAGUUACCAUGACCGUUGGUAUUAACGGACAUGAUAACCGCUAUUAUGAUCAACGACAAAGCUACCUUCAGUGUUUGCCACAACAGUUCGUUAGGAACUUUGAUGCAGCAGGGAACAACUAUGAGGAUAAUGUGUUGGCCAUGAACAUUGCUAGUUUUGGCGCGCAGUUGAGUCAACUUCAGCAGCCUAAUGUUGUUGCUCGUGAUGACCCUCACACUAGGGUUCAUCCCUCUUAGGGUUUACAUGUAGGAUAACACACAAUGUAAUAGGUAAUUAUUACUAAUUAGUUAUGUUUUUUUUUCUACAAUAAUUCGUUGCAUUGUGUUUGUCAUUUAUAUAUAUAUUGUAUAA